AUGUGGAUUUUGGCGUUGGGGGAUACUGAGCUUUUAUCUCUGUCCUCAGAUAAGAUAUUGGAAUUGAAGAAGCCAUCCUGCACAGAUGCCUUAGUGCUCCGCCGAAAUCCAAACCCUGAGGCUAAAGCUGAGGAUGGGCCUUUUAAAGUCAGUAUGGAUGAGGACAGCUCUUUCAAAGACAAGCGGCCAGUUGCAUCUACACCUAUACCUGGAUCACCAUGGUGUGUAGUGUGGACAGGUGACGACAGGGUGUUUUUCUUCAAUCCCACCAUGCAUUUGUCAGUAUGGGAGAAACCAAUUGAUCUAAAAGACCGUGGAGACCUCAAUCGAAUCAUUGAGGACCCGCCACAUAAACGCAAGAAAGACUCUUUAGACGAUGGCUCAAAUGCUGAUGCUGAUGAUGAGGAUGAUGAUGAAGAGGAACAUAGUUUAAAGACUAAACGUUACAAACUGGACCAUCCUGUUGAGUGUGAAGGAAAAAAUGGAUCAUCUCUUCGGAUGGUUCUGCCGCUGGAGCACCGGAUCAGCCACUUCAGAGACAUGCUUCUGGAAAGAGGGGUGUCCGCGUUCUCCACCUGGGAGAAAGAACUGCAUAAAAUUGUAUUUGAUCCGCGGUACCUGCUGCUAAGUCCAGAGGAACGAAAACAGAUUUAUGAUCAGUUUGUCAAAGCAAGAAUGGAAGAGGAGCACAAAGAGAAAAAGUGCAAACUCCAGCAAGCGAAAGAAGAGUACAGAAAACUGCUAGAAGAAUCAAAAGUCACAUCCAGGUCGACGUUCAAAGAAUUUUCAGAAAAGUGUGGAAAAGAUCCGCGAUUCAAACAGGUUCUGAAGAGGAAAGACCAGGAGCUGUUUUUCACCCAGUUCAUCAAUGUGUUAAAGAAGCGGGACAAGGAGAACAGAAUUCGUCUGAGGAAGAUGAGAUGAGUGUUUGCAGACAGGGCUGUGAACUCUUUACAGUACUGUGAACUGAGUUCCUGUGACUGUUUAUCACAGUGUAUACCGAGAUACCAUCUGCCCAUGUUUCUUACCAAACCUCAGGGCAGUUUGCUUUUCAAUGACUUGACUUUCCAACAAACCGAACAAAGGCAGAACCAGCUGAGUAUAAGCAGCAGUUUGGAAAUGAACUCUGUAUAUCUGAAUGUGUUUCAUAUUGAAGCUCUUAAUCUCCGGAGUAUUACAAGAUUCUGCAAUCACAACUCUGAACACGAAUACAGAGUUUGACUCACUGGAAGUAUCUAAAGCCAUUGACCUGUGCACACAGGUGGAAAAUGAUUUUUAUAUUAAUUGUACAUAAGUGUUGACUUGCCUGGCGCUGUGCUAAAAGUGACCGUUGAAGUGAAAUCAUUUUGUCAGAGUGUGACACAGAUUCUCCACAGCAUCGGUGAGAAUCAGUAAGUGGUGUUGUGUAUCCAUAGAAUUUUUC